AUGGCGGGGGCGGAUACAGGCAGCUUGCAGGAGGAUGUUAGCCAGGUACUUAACGUCCUGUUGAAUGCGAAUCUCAUAGCAGUCGACGAACAAGUGAUGGAGCUCCUUGCACCAAACCCUUAUGCUUUACAAAUCUUGCUCGAACGGUACCCCAACGUUCCCAUUACGCAUCGAGCCGCUGUGCACGCAGCAGGCAAUUCAAAGGCCUUUUCCAUUCUUCUCGACGGACGAGCUCCCGACAUUUCGAUCUCGCAGGAUGUCAUCCUCUCCAUAAUCAAGUCACAGGACGCGCUGGACAAUUUGCAACGCAUCCUCAAACAUUUCGGGACCGAAGCGCCGAUCACGGACAGAGCUUUGAAGGGUGCUGCGCACAAGCCCGGGGCAUUCAAGAUUGUUCUUCGAGCAGAGUGUGGUAAUGUAGCUCUCUCCGAAGAGGUGGUUGUUUUCGUCACUUACAGAAAUUUCGAAGCAUUGCAGUGGCUCCUCAAGGAGCACAGUUCAGCGGUGCCGUUAACAAAACGAGUGCUGGUGGCCGCUGCGGCGAGUGCUCUAUUUGGUGUACAAUCCUCUGCCAAAAACGACCUCUCUAUGCCGGUUCGGAUCGGGUUCCCAAAGCUAUAUGGAAGUUUGGCGAUCACUUCUGUGACUUCUACGAGGGAGAAAAUCCUUCCGUGGACACUUCCCGGUUUCGGAGGAUAG